AUGGCGUUGCAGUGGGUGAUCCUUGCGUACGUCGUGGCGGCGGAGGCCGCCGUGGCCCUCCUCGUGACUCUCCCGGCGCCGAAGAUUCUGAGGACGCGGAUCGUUGCCCUGGUCUCGCUGCUGCUGCAGCCAGCGACCGGCAUCGUCCCCUUCGCGGGCUUCCAGCUCCUUGGUACGCCGGUCCCCCUCCGUCCUCGUAUUGGACGCUGGAUCACGAUUGAUUUUGUUUUUCUUUUCCAUCUCUUGUGAAUCUGUUUAUUCGUCUAUUUGGGUCUGUUUCUUCGCUGAGAUCUAUGAGCAUCUUCCUGCAGAUAUCUAUUGGAAGAACGAGCACCGCCUGAUGUGUACGUCUGACGUCUGCACCGCAGCAGAGAGGGACCGAUACGAAAAAGCUGUAAUUCUACUUCCUUUACUAUAUCUCGGCCACACGCAUGUUUGGUUUCUAGAACAGGGAUCUAGGGUUUUUUCUUUGUAUUCGUCGAUGAGUAUAGCUAUUAGUUGAGGAUUUGUGUAUAUUCAAAAUUCAACCACCAGUCCUUGUUUUCUCAUUUCAUGUUAUUUGAGUUCCGCCUUGAGCUCUUCCUCGUCGUCAACUAGCCCCUGCUGUAAUUUAUUCCCAUAUGAUUUCAAUGCCUUUCCACUGACCUAACCAUCAUGGCCUAUUUUGUCGCCUAUUGAUGAUUUUUCACCUGAUGAUGGAUGAUAACGAUUGAGUGCUCGCCAGACUCUCGUGAUUGCUCAUGGAAGGCUGGGCCGUUGUAGUUAGAUGUGCUAGUUAUCACAUCUUCUGCAUUUUCAACUGAAAAGGAGGGUGGAAAAAAAUUAUUUAUGCUGCAUUGUUUCUCAUGAGGUUACACCUGGCUGUCAGAGAUGUAAAAGCUCUGCUUUCAGUAAACGGAGAAGUAGAAAGAACACUUAGGUAGUAGCAUUAGGGUUGCUAAUUAAUUGUGACAAUAUCUCCAUCCCAUGCUGUUAGAAGAAUUUAAAUUCCUUUGAUCCUUCCUUUGUUGUACUAUAGUUGAGCUGGUCAUCUAAACAGCAGCCCAUUUACUUACCAAGUUCAAAUCUGCUGAUUUUGUGGAUUUGUUGUUGUGUAUAUAGGUAAUUGUUCUUGUUGACUUCUCCAGAUAGAAACCGUGUAGAUUUUUUAUCUACGUGGAGUUAUGAAAGCAUGAAAAACAUAUGUUCCAUGAUAAAGAUCCUUGAGAGGCAUACUAGUGUUCAUUAGAUGAUUAGUUGGCAUGCAUGCUACUGAUGAAUAAGGGCAGAAUGAUUGCACAUUUGGAGGUUAGGAGAGAGAGUAGGUUAUUCAUCAUCUUUGGCCAGCAAAUAGAAUGCAUUUACUAAGUUUUUGUUGUCUGGUAACUGUUCAAUGAGGUAGCUUUGUCUACAUGUUACACUAAAGAAGUCUCAGUGAUGUAAUGAUAAAUUGGAAUUCGAGGGUUGGAUCGCAGUCUAUUAAACCUGUCUUUAAGAUUCAGAUGCAUUGUAUAAGUUAAGGUAAAAUUCAUGAUGUUAGGGAACGUAAGGUUAAAAAUGGUUUAGGUUUGUCUUAGUCACGUAGUUUUGAUAUAUAUUCGUGUUAUGCAGAUAGAUUCCUCUAAUCGUGUUUUGAGAUAACGUAUCAAUGCCAAUGAAAUAGCUGUUGUCAGAGAUUGGCAACUGUUAACUUCGUCCUAGUGACUAAGAGUUGAAAAAGGGGGGCUUUUACAAGAAGUUCUACUAGCCUUUUAUGCGUUCUUAGGUCAUUUUAUCCGUUACUCAAAGCUAUUUUCACUUACUAUUUCUCAAGAAGAACAUUUGUGCUGUGCUGAGUGCAUCUAGGACGACAUGUUGUUCUUCUCCUUUGAGCUACGAUUCCUGGCUGUUCGAAGACCUGCAUAUUGAGUGGGCAACACUGGGGACUCCCGACCACUACCAUUUGCUCAUUUGCGUGUUGAUUACCAAAUUUCUCUUGGCAUAAAAUUAUUGGCUCUGACUACAUUCAUAUGCAAAUUGAGUCCUCGAUUUGGUGGAACAUCUGUCGAAUCUGAAUAACUUUUAGCAUGUUUCCAAUUGAAUAGGUGUCCAUUUGGUCUUAAAAGCCCUGAUAUGCAAGCCCUCUAUCCAACAAAUGCAUAUUUCGGUGCAAGUGUAGCAUACAACACUCCCAAACACAGCCUUGGAGAGCUCAGCUCUUGCCUUUUGCCCUGUGCAGCAGUCUUGUGUUCCUAAUGGGAAUUGGGCUUGGUUGGGUAUCUAUAUAGAGAAAAGUUCUCGCCUUUCUUAGUUUCAUCGUACCAGAAAAUUAAAAAAUUAUAUACAGAGGACGAAAUCAGCACUUUUAUGCACACAUUUUCCUCCAUUAAAUCGAGGAUCCCAAGAAAUGAGAAGAUAUGUCUGAAAAAUAGCACCAGAUGCUCAUGAAAUUCGAGUAAUUUGCGCUAUGGAGGAAUAAUGUGCCUUUGAUCACCUGCAGAUCUUCAAGGCCCAAAGGAAUGUCAUCCUCUGCGUCUCUGCAUGCCUACUAUACUGGUACCCUUCAUUGUUUCUUCUAUGCUUGGGGGAGUUCAUCAAAGGCACGCCUGCAGGUCAUAAGUCUCUCUCUCUCUCUCUCCCUCUCUCUCUCUCUCUGCAGGUGCAUUUACCGGGUCAGCAAGUACCACAAGGAGAUCCAGGAGAUGGAAGAAGUCGAGAAGCGUCGCAAGAACAUGUAG